AUGUCUCGAUUCAUCUCGAGAUGCAAAAAAAUGAAGGAAAUGACGCAAUUUCCUGGGACCCACAUGGUUGUUGAAUCGGGUAACUGUCGAACCGGUUUCGGUUUAACAAGCCGGUUCAACCGGGUUCAUCCAAUUUCAACUCACUUGAAUCACAUCAUUGUCGCCGGAGUUGGUAAACAUCGCCGCCGGGAGGAUUUAAUCGGAGUUCAGGAACGGUACAAGUGGGACCGUGGCGGGUCAGAUGAUAAUGCUCAUAGCCCGAUCAGGAAGAUUCGGGCUGAGGCUAAUUGUCCUCGGUGUUCUAAAGAUAUGAACUUGUUCUUUUCCAAUCGCCAUUUUCCAUCCACUAGUGAUUCUGAUUGUGGUGGUGGUAAUGGUGGCGGUGGUGGUUCGAAUUCGGGUGGUGGUGGAGAGAGUGGUUACCAAGCAGUGAAUCUAUGUCCAAACUGUAAAACAGCAUAUUAUUUUCGUCCUUACAACACAUCACCAUUACAAGGUACAUUUGUGGAGAUUGGUAGAGUAACUAAUAGUAAUAAUAAUGGUGCUAGUGCUAGUAAAUCUCAAUUAUCUAGGAGGGUAAGAAACGGUGGUGGAAAAGAUGGUGGUAGUAAUAGUAAUAGUAUUAAGAAUGGUUUUGGAGGUGAUGAAUUUGGUCUUAAAGGUAGUGCUAGUAAUUGGCUUGAAAUUUCAUUAUGGGAUACUUUGAAAUCUUACAAUGGUGGUGGUAGAAAUGGUGAUGGUAAUAAUGGGGAGCCGCCGGAGACAUGGCCUCCACCGGCGGGUGGUGGGAAUGGGAAUGGUUUGGCUGUGCAUACUCCUCCGGGUCCUCCUUUUGCACCGGGGGUUAAUGUUGUUCGGGCUUCGGGGCCACGGGAAGGUGGCCAUGGAGAGAAGGCCUCAUGGGGAGGGUCUAAUUUGGGGAAGGACUUGCCUACACCAAAGGAGAUUUGUAAGGGUCUUGAUAAGUUUGUUAUUGGACAAGGUAGAGCCAAGAAGGUGCUUUCUGUAGCGGUUUAUAACCACUAUAAAAGAAUAUACCAUGCAACUCUGCCGAAAGGGUUGGGUGCAGCAGACUCAGGAAUUUCAGACGUAUUUGAUGAUGACGAAAAUGUCGAGCUAGAAAAGAGUAACGUUCUUUUGAUGGGUCCAACAGGAUCAGGGAAGACAUUACUUGCAAAAACACUAGCCCGAUUUGUGAAUGUUCCGUUUGUCAUUGCCGAUGCAACAACUUUAACACAGGCUGGUUAUGUUGGAGAAGAUGUUGAAUCAAUACUACAUAAACUACUUGCGGCAGCAGAUUACAAUGUUGCAGCAGCUCAACAAGGAAUAAUUUACAUUGAUGAAGUUGACAAGAUAACAAAGAAGGCCGAGAGCUUAAAUAUCAGCCGAGAUGUUUCCGGCGAGGGUGUUCAGCAGGCAUUAUUAAAAAUGCUAGAAGGAACUAUGGUAAAUGUUCCGGAGAAAGGAGCCCGGAAACAUCCACGAGGCGAUAACAUUCAGAUGGACACAAAGAAUAUUCUUUUUAUAUGUGGUGGAGCAUUUAUUGAUCUCGAAAAAACGAUCUCAGAGAGACGGCAAGAUUCUUCAAUUGGUUUUGGAGCACCGGUUCGUGCCAACAUGAGAACCGGCAGAAUAAUAGAUUCUUCAGUAGCAUCAUCUUUACUUGCAACGGUGGAGAGUUCUGAUCUAAUUGCAUAUGGACUCAUACCAGAGUUUAUAGGACGAUUCCCCAUCUUAGUUAGCUUGUCAGCCUUAACCGAAGAGCAACUUAUGCAGAUCCUCGUAGAACCAAAACACGCUCUUGGUAAACAGUACAAGAAAUUAGUUAGCAUGAAUAAUGUAAAGCUACACUUCACAGAAAAAGCUCUGAAGCUAAUAGCAAAGAAAGCAAUGUCAAAAAAUACCGGUGCAAGGGGUUUAAGAGCCUUAAUAGAAAACAUUUUAACCGAUGCCAUGUUUGAGAUUCCGGAUAUUAAGACAGGAAGCGAGCGUGUUGACGCUGUAGUUGUUGAUGAAGAAUCAGUAGGAUCACUAACGGCUCCGGGAUGUGGCGGGAAAAUUCUCCGCGGAGAUGGUGCUUUGGAGAAGUACCUAGCUAAGACAAAGGAUUCAGAGGCGAAUGAGGAAGAAUCGGAGUUUCAAGAGAGAGAUUCAGAUAUUUCAUCGAGAGCGAUGAGCUUGUAA